AUGAAGAAGUCUCUUACAUUGGGUCGCCCGCUAAGUCCUGGGAGUGAGUCUGACUACAAUGAUCAAGUUCAUGACCAGAGCAUAGUAGUUCCAAGCAAGCUCGUCACCAUAGCCGAUAGCUUCGAAAAGAAAGAACACUCAUGGUUUGUCACUUCCCAAGUCCCAACAGAUCUUACAAUUCAAGUUCAGGACAUCACCUUUUAUGCCCACAAGUACCCAUUGGUUUCGAGAUGUGGCUACAUAAGCCAGAUUGAACUCCAGCCUUCAAUCUCGAACUUAGGGUAUGACCUCAAGCUCGAAAACUUCCCAGGUGGAUCAGAAACAUUUGAAAUCAUUCUAAAAUUCUGCUAUGGUCUACCAGUGGACUUGAAUCCUAAUAAUGCAGCCUCACUAAGAUGUGCAUCAGAAUUUCUAGAAAUGACAGAAGAACUUGACGAAGGAAAUCUCAUCUCCAAAACUGAAGCUUUCCUCACAUUUGUAGUGCUUUCUUCAUGGAGAGACUCCAUUACUGUUCUCAAAUCUUGUGAAAAUCUAUCUCCAUGGGCUGAAAACCUUCAAAUUAUCAGAAGAUGUUGUGACUCAAUUGCUUGGAAGGCUUCCCAAGAUAAUUCAACCACUGGAGAAACAAUCAGUGAAGAAGGUUGGUGGUUUGAUGAUGUGGCUACCCUUCGCAUCGACCAUUUCACGAGGAUCAUGACAGCAGCACGAGCAAAAGGGUUGAAACCAGAAAUCAUAGGCUCAUGUAUCAUGCACUAUGCAGAGAAAUGGUUGCCUGGCAUGGAUGUAGCAUUAGAAGGACCAAGAGCAUUUGGCUAUGGAAAGAAUGAGCUGCAAUUGAGCAUUUUGAGUGGGAGGAGACAGGAAGGUGGAGUUGGGCAUAACAAGGAGCUAAAGAUGAUUAUAGAGAGCCUAGUAAGCAUACUUCCCCCAGAGAAAGAAGCUGUUUCAUGUAAGUUCUUGUUGCGGAUGUUGAAGAUGUCUGCGGUUUAUUCUGCAACGCAAGUUUUGGUUUCAGAACUUGAGAAGAGAGUGGGUAUGGUGCUGCAAGAUGCCAAUGUGAAUGAUCUUUUGAUUCCCACUUACAGAAAUGGGGAUCAAGGGAAACUUCUGAAUUCAUCGGAAGAACUCACAAUGCACGACAUAGAUGCGGUGCAAAGGAUUGUGGAAUACUUCUUGAUGCAUGAGCAGCAGCAACCACACCAACACAAGUCUAGCAAAUUGAAUGUGAGUAAGCUCUUGGACAAUUACCUAGCCGAGAUUGCAAGAGACCCAAAUCUCUCCAUCACUAAGUUUCAUGUCUUAGCUGAAACCUUGCCAGAAAAUGCACGAACCUGUCAUGAUGGUCUCUAUAGAGCCAUUGACACGUACCUUAAGACUCACCCUUCCUUAUCUGAGCAUGACCGAAAAAGACUGUGCAAAGUAAUGGACUAUGAGAAACUCUCACUUGAUGCAUGUAUGCAUGCUGCACAAAAUGACCGAUUACCCCUAAGAAUCGUCAUCCAGGUUUUGCUUGCAGAGCAAGUAAAGAUGAGGGUAGCAAUGAAAGGCAAGGAGCCAGUGGCAAGUGGAAAAGACUCUGAACAAGAAGAAAGCCAGCCAUCUGCACAGAUGGAGAUCAAGACACUCAAAGUGGAACUUGAGAAAAUGAAGAUGAAUAUGGCAGAGCUGCAGAGAGACCACUCUGAGCUGCAACGAGAAUGUGAAAAGCUAAACAACAAGCAAAGAAGCAUACCAAGUUGGACUUUGGGGUGGAAGAAGAUCAAGAACUCCACCCUUUUCAGUGGAAAAGUAGACGGGAAUGAAAGUGGUGAUGGAAUGCAGAGACCCAACCCAGUCAAUGGCAGAAUGAGUGACAGAAGAAGACUAUCCGUCGCUUAAUAUUUCUCAACUACAAACAUUCAACCUUACCAGUUAUCAAAUAAAAAAAUGCUAAAUCUACCAGAACCAUUCAACAGCUUCAUCUGUAUCUCUUUCGCGAUUUGGCUGGUCUUUCCACAUCCUUUUUAUGGGUUAAAGUGUGUACCUAGAUGUACCUAUGUGUGUAUCAUGUUUCCUAUCUGCUUUGGCCGGUUUGGCGGCGGGUGUGUAGGUAUUGUAUACCUUGAGUUGCUCUUUUGGUGUCUCUUUUUUAAUAGAUCUUUUUCUUUACCUAUCAAAAACAAAUGUUUCCUAUCUGCUUUGAAAUAGAAAAAGGUAAAUAACAAU